AUGGGCAUGACGGACAUAAUUUCCGGCGACAUAUGCUCCGACCUAUGGAAGAUGCUCACAACAAUCUCACGCAAAACGCUCAACUCACGAGCAAGCGCCGAACAGCUUUUGACUUUCGUCCGUGAUAUUCUCCCGACGAUCGAAGAGAUUAAAUACUCCGGCGACGAACUUCCGCCGCCGAGACAAUCUCAGCUCGACCGUUUGUCGGAGAUUCUCCGCUCCGGUGUUGAGCUUUCUCAUCAAGUUCUUGCUACUAGUCGUUGGAAUGUUUAUAGAAACUUUCAGCUCGCGAAGAAAAUGGAGAGUCUUGAAGAAAAUGUAACGAAAUUCUUGCAGGUUCCGUUGCAGGCUUAUAUGCUUGCUGAUGUGCAUCGGCUUCGGUCGGAUAUGGAUGAUCGGUUUCAUCGGAUUGAUGAGUCGAAUCGGAGGAUAGAGAGGUUUUUUGAGUCGAUGAAGAUUGGGGUUGGUGGUGGUGGGUGGGUUGAGGAAGCUGUUAGGACUAGUGAGGAAGAUGAGGGUAGUUUCGGGAAUUUUAAUUUGAGUAUUGGUUUGGAGUUUGGGAAGAAGAAGGUUAUGGAGAUGGUUGUUGGGAGAAAGGAUUUGUGUGUUGUUGGGAUUUGUGGGAUGGGUGGAUCUGGGAAAACUACUCUUGCUAGAGAGGUUUGCAGAGAUGAAGAUGUUCGAUGUCAUUUUAAAGAGAGAAUUUUGUUUCUAACUGUCUCGCAAUCGCCUAAUCUGGAGCAGCUGAGGGCGAAGAUUUGGGGAUACGUCAUGGGAAAUGGAAACUUGAAUAGCAAUUAUGUUGUUCCUCAGUGGAAUCCGCAAUUUGAAUGUGGUGGGAGCCAGGCUCCUAUCCUAAUUGUUCUUGAUGAUGUGUGGUCAAAAUCUGUGCUGGAGCAGCUUGUGUUUAGAAUACCUCGUGUCAAAUACGUUGUGGUUUCAAGGUUCAGAUUCGUUGACACCAUUUAUCAAGUUGAAAAGCUGAGCGAAGAUGAUGCACUGUCUUUGUUCUGUCACCACGCUUUUGGAGAUAAAUCAAUCCCUUUUUCAGCUAAUCACAACUUAGUCAAACAGGUUGUGGCUGAGUGUGGAAAGCUUCCACUAGCUCUUAAAGUGAUCGGAGCUUCGUUACGAGAUCAGAAUGAAUUGUAUUGGUUAAGCGUUAAAACAAGGCUUUCUCAAGGCUUAAGCAUCGGUGAAUCCUAUGAACUUGAUCUAAUGGAUAGAAUGGCAAUUAGUACUAAUUACUUACCAGAAAAGAUCAAAGAGUGCUUUUUGGACCUGUGUUCAUUUCCUGAGGAUAAAAAGAUUCCGCUAGAAGUUCUAAUCAAUAUGUGGGUUGAAAUUCAUGAUAUUCAUGAAACAGAAGCAUAUGCUAUUGUGGUUGAGCUUUCGAACAAGAAUCUCCUCACCUUAGUGAAAGAAGCACGUGCUGGUGGUAUGUAUAGCAGUUGCUUUGAAAUUUCUGUGACUCAACAUGAUAUAUUGAGAGAUCUUGCCCUUAAUUUGAGCAGUCGUGGGAGCGUUACUCAACGUCGAAGGUUAGUAAUGUCAAAACGAGAAGAUAAUGGACAACUUCCUAAGGAAUGGUUGAGAUAUGCUGACCAAUCUUUCGACGCUCAAAUUAUUUCAACUCACACAGGUGAAAUGAGAGAAAGUGACUGGUGUAAUUUUGAAUUUCCUAAAGCUGAAGUGCUGAUUAUUAAUUUCACAUCUAGUGAAUACUUCUUACCUCCCUUCAUUAAGAGAAUGCCAAAUUUAAAAGCAUUAAUAGUAAUAAACCAUAGCACUUCAUCCGCUCGUCUUCACAAUGUUUCGGUUUUCAAGAAUUUAACCUCCUUGAGGAGCCUUUGGCUUGAAAAAGUUUCCAUCCCCAAGUUAUCAGGCAUAGUCAUGGAAAGCUUGAGCAAAUUGUUUAUAGUCCUCUGUAAGAUUAACGACAGUCUUAAGGGGAAAGAGUCAAACCUAGCCGAUAUCUUCCCCAACAUCUCUGAGCUCACAUUUGAUCGCUGCGACGAUUUAACCGAGAUUCCUCCAAGUAUUUGUCGAAUACACUCACUACGAAACUUGAGUCUCACUAACUGUCAUAGUUUGACACAACUACCUAUCAAAUUAGGCUCGCUAAAAUCUCUAGAGAUUCUCCGGUUAUACGAGUGUCCGGUUAUAAGAACACUUCCUCCUAGCAUCUGCGAAAUGACAAGAUUGAAGUAUAUCGAUGUUUCCCAAUGUGUUUACCUUACAGGCUUCCCUGAAGCAAUCGGUAAGCUUGUAAGCUUGGAGAAAAUCGACAUGAGGGAGUGUCCGAUGAUUUCAAAUAUACCGAAGUCUGCAUUGUCAUUGCAUUCUUUGCAGCAUGUAGUUUGUGAUGAGGAAGUCUCUUGGAUAUGGAAAGAAGUUAAGAAGGUUAAUCCCAAAGUCCAUAUUGAAGUUGCAGAGAUGCAAUAUGAUCUAGACUGGUUACAGACUGAUUAG